AUGGAAAGUGACGGGGACCGUUGUUCUGGAGGAAGCUGCAAUCCUGACGUUGUCCGCGAAAAACGCUUGUUUAAAUCCAGACUGUCAGAGUCCCUUGUUCAGCUGGCGUGUAGUCACCAUUACUGUGCUUUCCCUUUGAAUCGAAAUGAGUUAUGCAUCUGGAAUACGGCGACUGCUCAGCCAUUACGUUUGUCAGGACAUCAUUACUCAAUUUCCGCGCUGUCAUUUGGAAGUAAAAUCAAUCCACUUCUAGUCUGCUCUGCUUCUCGUGAACGUGUGAUAGUGUGGAAUCUUGAUGAAUGCACACGGAAAGUGCAAGAAGGGCUAACACCUCGAGGAAUUGUUAUAGGAACUCUUUUGGGAAUGGUUCUUCAUGUAAGAUUUAAUCCGGAUGAUCAACAAGUGGCAGUAUGUGCUGGAAAUCAGAUCUACAUGUUAAGUGCAAAGAACGAAGCAAUACUAGCUGAAUUGGAUGGCCACCUGGCUCCAGUGACUGCUGCUGAGUUUUGCACAUGGGAGAAAAGUAUGCUUAUAUCUGUGUCAGAAGACAGAACCUUUAAGGUGUGGGACUAUUCUACUGGCCAGUUAAUAUAUCAGUCAGGAGUAUUAACGGCAUUUCCUUUGCUAAGUCUGCUCAUUGAUGAAGAAAAUAAACAGAUUAUCACUGGAUGUGCUGAGGGACAGCUUUGGAUCUUCAGUUUAAUCAGUGAUCAUAAUUACCGUUGUGUGGCACAUAUCAACUUAAAGAAAAAGCAGGAGAAAUUCUAUAAUAAAGUGUGGAAAUCUGGACAAGAAAUAGGUGAAGGGCAAAAUACUUCCAAGGUUUGCAAAACAAACAACAUGAGACCAGAAGGAUCAGUGGAAACAUCAUUGCCUGUCCUCUUAAUUGAACACUGUGACUUUUUAGUAUGUUUCCAUAAUGAAGAAAACAUAUCUUCUGCCCUGAAUACUAGCUAUUUUUGGAUAGGAAGCUCUACUGGCUUGUUAAUAAUUAAUUUGGCAAACUUUGAAUUAGAAGCUUUUUUAUCUUACAAAGAUUACAGUGACCUCAGUAUUUGGUUUGCCGGAUCAUGUGCAUUAACAAGGAAGGCAGUUAAUGGAAAGGUUUUAUGCUUGAUCACCUCAAUGUUUGAAGAUAUGAUUGCUGUGUUGGAAGUUAACCUCACUGCAUUGGUGAGAACUCAGCAGCGUGAUUUUCUCCUGUGUGGAAAUGAGGACAGUCUAUCGGUUAUUGCCAGGUAUUCUUUAUUGACAAAUUCUCCAUUGUGUAAAGUUUUAAAGAAAAACAUGAAAGAACCUUCUAAUAAAACACUUGGAGUGAAAAGCACAGUGAAAGAUCAGCCAUUGGUUUUCCAUAAUAAAAUUAAGUCAUCAGGUUAUACAGCAGCACCACAAAUGACCAUGUUUUCUCCAAAUAAUCUGAAGAAAAAAGAAAUGUCAAAGGGGAAGACCAGAUGUAAACGUAAAAAUAAAGAAUAUCCAUUGGAAAGUUCUCCUCCAAUCAAAUGUGAGAAAGAGAUAUUUGUUACUUGUAAACCAACUCCAAUACGUUGCAUUCAGUAUUCCGGGGAUGGAGAGAUGCUGGCUUGCGGCCUGGCUGACAAGACUGUACUGAUACUCAAUUCGAGUCUCACUGAUACAUGUAAUGUUUUUUCAGGUCAUGAUGGUGCAGUUAACUCUGUUGGCUGGAGUCAUGACAAGAAGUGGUUAGUUUCUGCAUCAGAAGACAGAACUUUAAGGGUCUGGUCAGUCUGCAAUAAUGAACCUGCCCUAAUUCUGGGCAAAGAGAAGUUCCAUAAGACUGUACGCUUUGCACAGUUUUAUUUUAUAGAUUCAUUUAUAUUGCUGUGUUGUGGAGCUGAAUUUCAUCUAUUAAGUUUCCAUCUAGACACAACCAAGGAUGACCUCAAAAGAUACAAACAGAGAAGUCUUUGCAAAUUGGUACAGAAAUUUCCCAUGGCUUCAACAAUGGAGAUUACCAGCCUUUCAGCCGUAAAUGAUUUCUACUCUUAUAUUGUACUUACAGCUGGCAGCAACCGAGCACUGGAAGUUUUUGACCUCAAUGCAGGCUGCAGCAUAGCAGUGAUACCAGAAGUUCAUGCGAGAUCAGUCCAUCAGAUCUGCCAAAAUAAGGGGUCAUCAUUCAGCACUCAGCAACCCGAAGCUUACAAUCUUUUCAUGACCACAGCUGCAGGUGAUGGCAUCAAACUGUGGGAUUUAAGAACACUGAGGUGUGAACGACGUUUUGAAGGACACAGUAGCCACUGCUAUCCAUGUGGAAUUGCAGUAUCUCCUUGUGGACGGUUUAUAGCCAGUGGAUCAGAUGACAAGUGUGCUUACAUAUAUGAAAUGCGUUCAAGCACUUUUUUACAUAAACUGGGGGGACACAAAGAAUCUGUCAUCAACGUGACUUUUAGUCCCUCAUCUCCACAGUUCUUUAGACCUGUCUCUGCUGGUCCGGCUGAUGAUACUCAUCCAUCCCCAGUCCCUACACAAGGAAGUCCCUGCCGCUUCCUCCUGCAGGGGCUGCACCUUCUGUGCCCAGUCCUGCCAGCCGUGGUACAGGAGGACCAGCUCUGCCAGUCCACGGGGUGA